AUGGCAGACCAAGCCAACAUUCACGAAGAAGGAAACCCUCUCGGUGGAAACAACGCUAACGCCCCAACAGAACAAGGAGGAAGAGCUCCUGGAGAAAGCACUGGAACUAUAGCCGGCCAAACCCCCGCAGCCGUAGGAGGUUAUGGAACCGAACUACUGCUCCAAGUGUUCAAUGCCCAGUUUGAGGCUAUCAACAAAAGAAGCGAGGAACGCUUCAGUCAGAUGGCGGCACAGAUCGCCGAGCUCAGUCAAGCACGAACUCCUCUUCGAGUUCGGAACAUCAUAGACGAUCUUAAUACUGACGGUGAUCCAGCCGGAACUAUGAGAUCUGCCGCAGUCGGGUCAGCGAAUGCACCAGCGUCGGAUUUAAGCCGAGACGCCGAGCUCGAAGCAAUGAAGGCGCAGCUUCGCGAUAUCACCUCAAAAAUACACCAAGCCACGAGCGCGGCUCUGGAAAUCGAGCGCGUCAUUCAGGAAACACAGAAGACUCCCUUCACGUCGCGCGUAGCAGGAACGCCGGUCAAACACAUGGAGAAACUAAAGAUAAAAGUUUAUGAAGGCAACUCUGACCCCCGACACUUCUUGACAUCAUUCGGCAUCUGCAUGAACCGAUACCAAUUCAGGUCCGCCGAGGAAAGAGAUGCGGUUCAGUGCCAACUGUGUGUGGAAAGUCUGGGAGGAGUAGCCCUCGACUGGUUCUCACGGCUCGAAGCCAAUUCAAUCGACAACUACAAGGAGUUAACAACGGCUUUCGUCAAACACUUCUCCAUGUUCAUUGGACAGAACACCAAGAACUCCGAACUCUGGCAAAUAGCUCAAGGACCAAGCGAGAGCCUUCACGACUUCAUCCAGCGCUUCAAGACGAUCGUCGCCAAUUGUACGAUUAGCGAUGAAGCUGCUCUCUUAUGUCUUCAAAAAGGAGCUCGGAUAAAGACUAGCUUCCGAAGCGCGAUCACGCAUAACCCUCCGCAGACGUUAGAAGAUGCGUUACACCGAGCUAAUACUUACACUGCUGAAGAAGAAGAAGAAGCUGCGUACGAGCAAAGUCACUCAACGAAGCAACCCGAAUGUCCGAAAGUCGCGACUAAUGAGCCGCAGUCAGGAUACGGUCGAGGAUAUGAGAAUCGCAAGAAGUUCUACGCCAACGCAAUCCAACAACCGAACAAGCAGUGGAACAAUAAAUGGGUCCGCGGUGAAGAAGACCAAGACGAGUCAUUAUUCUGCGAAUUCCAUAACCGUAGAGGCCACAGCACCGAAGAAUGCAGACAUCUGCGAGAAUACCUACUCGGCCUAUAUCGAAAGGAACCAAUCUCGAUCGAUGAUCUCCGACGUUCGAACGUGUCUAAGAGCGGCGGGCAACUCUCAAUUGACGAUCUCCGUCGUUCACAUAUGCCUCGACCAAACAAUGAACAGCUUGAGAAAGCAUCCGCCAAAGAUCCACCAACUCCACCGGCUUUACCGACACUACCACCGCCACCACCAAAUCCACCUGUUUUGCCCGAGCAACAGAAACGGAAUCGUGAUGACCGAGCACCAGAGAAUCACGCUCCUAAGGCGCGGAAACGCGUCAACAUGAUAAUGGGGGCCAUCGAAGCUUGCAGUUAUUCGGUCCAAGCCAUCAAAGAGUACAGCAGACAGGCCGCCAGCGCGCCCAAUGCCCCGCAUGAUCCGCCGAAGGGAACGCCCUUGGUAUUUACCGAGGCCGGUACAAUCGGGCUGCAUAAACCACAUAACAACGCCCUCGUCGUCGAGCUGCUCCUCGACGACGUCGAAGUUAGCCGCAUUCUGGUCGAUACGGGCAGCUCGGUUAACGUUAUCUUCAAGGAAGCACUUGACCAACUUGAGUUGGCAUCAGAUAGGAUUGAACCGUUUAUCGAACCACUUACCGGAUUCGAUGGGGAAUGUUGUAUGACGGUCGGCAUGGUCAACAUUCCGAUCUACGUCGGCGGAGUCGCAAAGAUUAUCAAGUUCCUUAUCCUCGAUAAACCGGCGAUCUACAACGCUAUUCUCGGAACACCCUGGCUACACGCAAUGAAAGCAGUCGCCUCGACGUACCAUCAAUGCCUAAAGUUCCCGACUCCCGACGGUGUUUAUACUCUCCGAGGAAACCAAGCCGUUGCUCGAUCGUGCUACAUAAACGAAUGCAGACUUCAUUCGGCCAACCAAGCUUGUGUUAUUAGCUCGUUAGGACCGAUUGACAAGCUCAUCGUCCAGAAUACAAAACCUAAACAGGAGUCGAUCGUUCAAGUUUGCAUCGACGAACUAAGGCCAGAGCGUCAAGUCGGAAUCGGCGCCGAGCUCGACUCAGUAAUCCGCGAGCCACUCAUUCACUUUCUGAAACAACAUUCAUCGACCUUCGCUUGGUCGGCAGAAGAUAUGCCCGGGAUCGAUCCACAGAUCGCGUGUCACGAGCUCAACAUUGAUCCCACGUAUAAGCCGAUCAAGCAGAAACGCCGAAAGCUCGGACCAGAGAAAGCACAAGCCGUGAACGAUGAGGUCGAGCGUUUACUCAAAGCCAGAUCUAUCACCGAAGUCAAGUAUCCAGAUUGGUUGGCAAACCUCGUGGUGGUAAAGAAGAAGAAUGGUAAAUGGAGGAUUUGCGUCGACUUCACCGACCUCAAUAAGGCGUGUCCGAAAGAUAGCUUUCCAUUGCCUCAUAUCGAUCGCCUUGUGGAAGCAACUGCCGGAAACGAACUCCUCUCGUUUAUGGAUGCGUUCUCCGGUUACAAUCAGAUUCUCAUGCAUCCGCAAGAUCGAGAGAAGACAUCGUUCAUCACGGACCGUGGCAUCUACUGCUACAAGGUCAUGCCCUUUGGCCUGAAGAAUGCUGGAGCAACGUACCAACGACUGGUAAACCGGAUGUUCGCGAGCCAGCUCGGACGAACUAUGGAAGUUUACAUCGAUGAUAUGCUCGUAAAGUCACUCAUCGCUUCCGAUCACGUUGGCCAUCUUCGCACAUGCUUUGAUAUCUUGGAUCAGUAUGGUAUGAAGCUUAAUCCAACUAAGUGUACGUUCGGCGUGACAUCUGGAGAGUUCCUCGGAUACAUCGUUACACGGCGAGGCAUUGAAGCUAAUCCAAAGCAGAUCGCCGCUAUUCUCGAGCUCCCGUCGCCGACAACUAAACGCGAAGUUCAGCGACUUACCGGACGUAUCGCGGCACUUAACCGAUUCAUAUCCAGAUCAACGGAUAAGUGCUUGCCUUUCUACCAACUUCUUCGCGGUAACAAGCAUCUCGAAUGGAAUGAGAAGUGUGAAGAAGCCUUCACCGAGCUGAAGAAAUACUUGUCCACUCUGCCAGUUUUAUCCAAACCAGAAACCGGCGAGACGCUUUAUCUUUACAUCGCGAUUUCAAAGUUCGCAGUCAGCAGCGUUCUUGUUCGAGAAGAUCGCGGCGAGCAGAAGCCAAUUUUCUACACAAGCAAGUCUCUCGAUGGAUCGGAGUAUCGUUAUCCAACUUUGGAGAAAUUCGCCUUUGCCGUGGUUAUUUCUGCGCGGAAGCUACGCCCGUACUUCCAGUCUCACGCAAUCGUGGUCCUGACCGAUCACCCUCUUCGUACUUUCCUCCAUAGCCCAAGUCAAUCCGGACGACUCGCUAAGUGGGCUAUCGAACUUAGUGAAUAUGACAUCGAAUACCGAAACCGAAUAGCAACGAAAUCUCAAGUCCUAGCAGAUUUCUUGGUCGAACUCCCACCGGAGCUCGUCGAAGAUAAGCCGGUGACACAACCCUGGAUUCUUCACGCCGAUGGUUCAUCGUCCCAUAAAGGAUCCGGAGUCGGAAUUCGUCUAAAAUCACCCGAAGGAGAAGUUAUCGAGCAGUCGUUUUGUCUCGGCUUCCCAGCAUCCAACAACGAAGCCGAGUACGAAGCAUUGAUUGCCGGACUACGACUCGCCAAAGGCAUCGGUGCCGAGCACGUACACGCCUACUGCGACUCUCAACUCGUGGCUAACCAGUUUCACGGCGAAUACGAGGCCAAGAACGACCGCAUGGACGCAUACCUCAAAGUCCUUAAGGAUGUCGCUUCGGAGUUUUCUACCUUCGAGCUUACAAAGAUACCUCGAGAUGAGAAUGCAACCGCCGACGCCUUAGCCGCACUCGUGACUAAUUCCGAUCCUGACCUUCGACGAUGUGACUACGAAAACCAACCCAAUCUCGCCCCACCACUCACCCGGAGGACGAAACCCAAAGAGGUCAUUCCCGAUCACAACAACGAUACGGACGAGCUCAAUGGUAAUGAAUCCGAUCCCGAAGACGAAUCUGAAGGACAACACGUUCCAAUCGAUAUAGAGGCCGAAGGCGAGGACGAACCCGACGAUUGGACCUUAGAAAUCGUGGGAUACAUCGGAGACAGAACAGUCCCUACGGAUAAAUGGGCAGCUCGGCUCCUUAAGGCUCGCACAGCUCGAUAUGUGGUCAUUAAAGGUACUCUUCUCAGAUGGGAUGCUUCCGGUGUACUUUUGACUUGCGUUCGCGGCAACGACAUCAUGGAAGUAAUGCAGAAGGUUCACGAAGGAGAAGGAGGCAAUCACUCCGGAGCUCGGUCUUUGGCAUUCAAGAUCAAAAAAGCUGGCUAUUACUGGCCCACUAUGCUUUCUGAUUGCGAGAAGUAUACGGCACGCUGCGAGAAGUGCCAACGUCAUGGUCCGAUGAUCAACCUUCCUACCGAGCUCCUGAUGACCUCGACCGCACCAUAUCCUUUCAUGCGCUGGGCAAUGGACAUCAUCGGUCCCUUUUGCCGAUCUACGACUCAGAAGCAAUACGUUCUCGUCGUCACGGACUACUUCACCAAAUGGGUUGAAGCCGAAGCAUAUCCCGAGAUUCAUGGAAUCGAUGUCAAAAAGUUCGUCUGGAAGUUCAUCAUCUGCCGACACGGAGUCCCGUACGAGAUCGUUACGGAUAACGGAACCCAGUUCACUUCGAUCAGUUUCCAAAAUUUUUGUGCUAAGUGGAAGAUCCGACUUAGUUUCUCUACCCCACGGUAUCCGCAAGGAAACGGACAAGCCGAAGCCACAAACAAGACCAUCAUCGACGGACUGAAGAAACAACUCGAUACUGCUAAGGGAACUUGGGCAGACGAACUCGACGGCGUCUUGUGGUCUCACCGAACUACACCGCAACGCUCGACCGGUCAGUCACCAUUCUUCCUCGCUUAUGGCAUAGAAGCUAUGUGUCCAGCCGAACUCAACGUCCCAAGUAUUCGCCGAACUAUGCUUACCCAGCAACCCGACGCGAAUGACAACAUGAUGAUCGACGCACUCGACUUAGUUCAAGAACAUCGCGAACGAGCAUUGCUCCGGAUACAGAACUACCAACAACUUGCAGCUCGUUACUACAACCAAAAAGUUAAGGGCCGUCACUUUGAAGAUGGCGACCUCGUUCUUCGCAAAGUCUAUCAAAACACAGAAGAGAAGAACGCAGGAAAACUUGGCGCGAACUGGGAAGGACCAUAUCAGAUUAUGAAGGUUGUUAAGCCCGGUGUUUAUCAACUCAUGAAGUUAGAUGGAACUCCGAUCCCGCGAUCUUGGAACUCAAUGCAUCUCAAACGAUACUACUAUUAG